AACUACUGUAUGAAUAAAGAACCUAAGCAUAAAGAAAACGCUUAAGGUUGCUGUGCAAUGCUUACGAUGCAUAGGCUGUGUUGCAUUUAUAUGUGUUAACCGAUGCCGGUGGCACGUGACACGCCUCCAAUGCGCCGUGAGCAGAGAGCAAGUUGGGCUCCACCGCAUACUCGCAGAUCUCGGUCGGAAGCGGACAAAGCAACUUCCACCGAAUCAUUUGUUGCUGCUUCACUUUAACCUCGGGUGCACGUUUUUUUAUUUCACGUUAAAGCGAGACAGUUUUUUUCUGGGUUACAUUUGAAUGAUACAAGAAGGAAAGUAUUGCGUUUCCAACGCACACUUGCCGGUGUGUUCUUGCUUUCAUGCAAAAACGACUGUGGUAGUUUUCUCUGAGAGCGUCAGGGUGACACGAACUGUGGUUACUAGAAAGGCAUGUCCUCGGACAACGGACUUUUAUACUCGAAUCCUCUACCUGACUUGUAAACUUGUUGCUUUUGUUCUGCAGCAGCUACGGAAACGCAUUUGGAUACUUGGGGUGCGCGUUUUUGCGUGUCGGCGAUAAAGCAACUGCACUGAUCUAUAUGUAAAACAACCCUACUCGUGAUUUAUGAGGAGAUGUCCUUUACCUGGGUUGCGGAUCUGUGAGCGCAAAACGGAGCACCGACUCUGCUUCACUUGCACCGGGUCGCGCACAUUUGGGCAGCAUGGCAGCUGGAGUCGCAGCAUGGCUACCAUUCGCGCGCGCCGCGGCCAUAGGAUGGAUGCCCGUGGCGAGCGCCCCGAUGCCCCCUCCACCGCGGGAGAUGAGGAGAGGUCAGGACGGGCUGAUCAUCUUGAACGUAAGCGGCUCUAAGUUUCAAACUUGGAAGAAUACUUUGGAGAGGUACCCGGACACUUUACUAGGAAGCACAGAACGCGACUUCUUUUACCACGAGGAGACCAACGAGUACUUUUUUGACCGCGACCCGGACAUAUUCAGGCACAUCCUCAACUUUUACCGAACCGGUAAACUACACUACCCUCGCCACGAGUGUAUCUCCGCCUAUGACGAGGAGCUGGCCUUCUUUGGCAUAAUUCCCGAGAUAAUAGGGGACUGCUGUUAUGAGGAGUACAAAGAUCGCAGGCGAGAGAACGCCGAGAGAAUUCAGGACGACGAGGAGAACAAUGAAGCUAACGAUUUGGUGCUGCCGUCUUUGUCGUUCCGCGAGACCAUGUGGCGAGCGUUUGAGAACCCUCACACCAGCACCAUGGCGCUGGUGUUUUAUUACGUCACGGGGUUUUUUAUAGCCGUUUCGGUCAUGGCCAACGUGGUGGAGACGGUCCCGUGCGGCUACGCGCCGAACAGGGUCAAGGAGAUGUCAUGUGGGGACCGCUACGCCCUCGCGUUCUUCUGUUUGGAUACGGCCUGCGUUAUGAUCUUCACCGUCGAGUACCUGCUCCGUCUGAUUGCUGCGCCCAGCAGGUACAAGUUUGUCAAGAGCGUGAUGAGUAUCAUUGACGUGGUGGCCAUCAUGCCUUACUACAUCGGCCUGGUCAUGACGGACAACGAGGACGUGAGCGGGGCCUUCGUCACCCUCAGGGUCUUCAGGGUCUUUCGGAUUUUCAAAUUUUCGCGGCACUCGGCGGGACUGCGCAUCCUGGGGUACACGCUCAAGAGCUGCGCGUCUGAACUGGGAUUCCUGCUCUUCUCGCUCACCAUGGCCAUCAUCAUCUUCGCCACCGUCAUGUUUUACGCAGAGAAAGGCUCCUCCGCCAGCAAGUUCACCAGCAUACCGGCGGCUUUCUGGUACACCAUAGUCACCAUGACAACUCUGGGAUAUGGAGACAUGGUUCCUAAGACCAUCAUGGGAAAGAUAUUUGGCUCUAUCUGUUCGCUGAGUGGCGUGCUGGUGAUCGCUCUUCCCGUGCCCGUCAUCGUGUCCAAUUUCAGCCGGAUCUACCACCAGAGUCAACGUGCAGAAAAGCGGCGGGCUCAAAAGGCAUCAAAACAGGCGGGCCAAGCUCUGGUAUGUAAGAUCAACCCCACUUUUGAGACCCAGCAUCACCAUCUUCUGCACUGCUUGGAGAAAACAACGAAUCAUGAGUUUGUAGACGAGCAGACUUAUGAGACAAACUUUAUGGAAGUUACCAUGACGAAGCCACCCAUGUCUUGCUCUUCGUCGAUGUCUUCGUCUCCGCACGCCCUGUCCUCCUGCUGCUCGCGCAGGAACAAGCGCAAGAGCUUCAACGUUCCCAAUUCAAACAUGACAGGAGGCCGCAGAGGAAGCAUACAGGAGCUCAGCACCAUUCAGAUCAGAGAGAGACCGCUGAGCAACAGUCGUUCCAGUCUCAAUGCCAAGUUCGAGGAAACGCUACCCCUUAAUUCCGAAGAGCAGCCCUACAUUACUGCCGCUGUCAUCAGCAUGCCGACUCCGCCUGGGACCACGCCAGAGGGCGGAGACUCCACCAGCUCGACCGACUUCUUGCGAAGCAACAUCGUCAGGGUGUCGGCGCUAUAAACUAACCGCAGUGACCAUUAGCUGUUUAAAAUGGCGAGUGGACACUGGAAUGGGAUCGAUGGAGCCCCCUAGUGUAAUGGAGUAGGCAUUGCGGCAGGACGGGACUUUUUUUAAUCGACUCCUGUCCAUGGCUCUGCUGUACUGUUCCGGGAUGUCAGCUCCGCAUCUAGGCCCAUGCGUCAUGUGACUCACACCCGGCCCGAUAGGCUUUCACUCAACACACAGAGGAAAUGAUAACCAUAAUCACCAUUGUGGUUAUUACAGCUUCUAAUAUUAUAUUUUCAGUAUUGUGUGUCUUCGAAUUUGUUGUCUUAAAUUUAAUAAGGUCUAAGAGCUAUUUGUGAAGAAUAAGGAGCGUACCAGCAAAUUUUACAGUAAUGAUAUCUCGACAGCUUUUAGACACGUCUACACACCGAUACUUUUGAUACUAAUAAGUAAAGCUGGGCUCUACAAGGGGACGAGGUCAAAUACUUUUGUGUGCGUGCGUGUAUGAUGAAGACCAAUCUCUUGCAUGUUUUGCAUUCAUACGUCUUUGUCUUUUUUCCAAUUCGGCAUGAGCAAUAAGGAUUGGCUGUCUGGGAGUGCGUGGAUGUGUGUGUGUGUGUAACUUGUCAAUACUUUGCCUAGUUAUACAGUAUUGAUUUGCAGCUGUCUCGAACUUUGAGCCCCCUGUUAAAUAGCAAGGUUUUUCGUUUUCUCUGUAAAUGGCUUUUGUGAAUCGGCUGCUGCAGAUGAUAAACAGAAAAUCAUGUCGUGUUCACUUCUUGCCCGGUCUGAUGGAAUGUUGAUUUUUCCUUUUCUCGAGUACAAAGCAGAGGUGACGGGAAAGGGAAGCAGCCUUUUGUCUUUCAAAAUCUGGAGGGUUUUUUGUCUCACUUUGACAGCGGACGUAUGCGGACUUGAAUACUAGCCAUUCCGUUUUAUACUCCAAUGUUUGCGAGUUAACUGUGAAAAGAAAAACGGUGUACUUAUUUAUUAUGUUUGUUAAAUUUCUACUGUGCAUGUUGUCGUGAACGCUGAAACACUCCAGAACAUUAGCCCGCCCAGAAUUACAUUUUUUUUAUUAAACAAGUGAAAAUAUAAAAAAGCAAAUAUUCUCCAGAAGAAUGACAUCAAGUUGAGAUAUGGCAACACAUCGACCAGUCAGAUUCGUUUCAGUAGCUAUGUUUCCAUCCAAAUAUCGCAUAAAUCAUUUGCGAAUACAGCACAGUUUCUAUUCAAUCUGAGAGAACGAAACAUAACUUCUCUGUAAUAGGAGAAGUCUUUUCAGUGUAUAAUAAAGUACUUGUGCUUCAGAGCACACACACAUCAUCUUGCUUUCAGAGGCGGAUGACUGCUCUAUAGAAAUGCAAUCUUGUAAUAAAGAUGGUUUUGGAAGAUCAACAUACCGAAACACGACUGACUUGCUAUAACGUUUCAGAAUGAGGAAAACAACAUUCAGAUUGACCCGCUGGUUAGUCCCGUUAUGCCGUCUCAUCACACCCCAAUUACGACUUUUUUUGAUGCGCAUGGAGGAUUUUAUUUAGUAAAUGUUUUUCAUCGCAGUUAACUCUUUUCUCGCCAUUGAAGAAUUAUCUUGUCAAUUAAGAGAAAACGCUUCCCUGCCAAUCACGAGUUUUUACAGAAAUCUAUAUUUCCGCUAUUAUCCACUAGGUGUCGCUUGUACCCAACUUCUAAAACACUGAAGCAUCCACUGAUCCAAAAACAGUAAAAACUCUGUGUAUGUUUUGAUCAUAACUCUGAAUCAGAUCUCUAACAAAAGUCCUUUUCAAAAAUGCAAUUAUUUAAGUUUUUUGCUCAACAUUUGUUAAUUUUCAAAAAACUACCCAUUUUCAAGAGGUGAUAAAAAAGAAAACAAAUGAAGAUGUGAUGAAUCUUUUUUUUCUUUCAUUUUAUAUAUUGUAUGUUUAUAUUUAAAGGAAAACAAUUCUGGAAGGCAUUGAACUUUUGUGAAAAUCAUAAAAAAAAUCUGGCACUGGCUGGCAACUUUUUAAAAAACGCUGGUAGGGAAAGAGUUAAUGCACAUUUCUUCUUGACAGAUAUACACUCACAUAAAUGAUUAUCAUGAACACCUGUUUAAUUUCUUAUUAAUGCAAUGGUGUAUUGGUUUGGGGGAUGUUUUCUUGGCACACUUUAGGCCCCUUAGUGCCAAUUGGGCAUCGUUUAAAUGCCACAGCCUACCUGAGCAUUGUUUCUGACCAUGUCCAUCCCUUUAUGGCCACCAUGUACCCAUCCUUUGAUGGCUACUUCCAGCAGGAUAAUGCACCAUGUCAUAAAGCUCGAAACAUUUAAAAUUGGUUUCUUGAACAUGACAAUGAGUUCACUGUACUAAAAUGGCCCCCACAGUCACCAGAUCUCAACCCAAUAGAGCAUUUUUGGGAUGUGGUGCCCUGAAUGUGCAUCCCACAAAUCUCCAUCAACUGCAAGAUGCUAUCCUAUCAAUAUGGGCCAAUAUUCAAAAGAAUGCUUUCAGCACCUUGUUGAAUCCAUGCCUCAUAGAAUUAAGGCAGUUCUAAAGGCGAAAGGGGGUCAAACACAGUAUAAGUAUGGUGUUCCUAAUAAUCCUUUAGGUGAAUGUAAAUUUUUCAGACUCAAAUAAAAUAAUAAUAUAUGCACAUUUUGUGAAUUUUGGUGUUUCCAUCCAGCAUUUUUUUAUGCAAUAUUGCAAAAUUUGCAUAAAAAUUGGUGAAUGGAAACAGUUAGCAUUUAGAUUAUCCAUGUAAAUAUACUGUAAAAGGUUGAAUUUGGGUGUAAUUAAUAAUGAAAAUUAUGAAUAAACACAAAAUAAUAAUCUUAAAACAAGCUUUAUUUUUAAUAAACAAAAUAUUAUUUUGAUUUCCAACUAUAAUAUAUGUUCUUUACAGAUUCACCCUAAAGCAAAAAUCUUUUCACUCAAAUAAUGAAUUGCUCAUUGUGUAAUGUCAAAAAAAUGUUUUUUAUGAUAUUCUUUAAACUGAUGUCAGAGCAGUUUAAUGUGUUGACGCACACACACGCACACACACAUCAUCGCCCUCUUGCUCAAUGCCUGCACUCAUUCCUGCUUUACCAUGUGACUUAUGCAACAAGAUUCUUUUGUAAAGAUAUGCUUUGUAUAAAAGGGGAUACCGGGGGAUAGAAUCUCAUAAAUGCAUAUUUUUAAAAACUCAAAUGUGUCAAUUAUAUAUUAUAAAUGUAUUUCAGUUGUAAAAUGCUAAAAAAAGAUUAAAGAUAAAAAGAAAGAGAGAGUGUUACUUGUGCACCUGUGCUGUAAAUUUGUUCUUCUGUGUAGUGAAAUUUAUUACAGUUUCUUCUUUUUCCUGAUUUUCACGGACAUUAAAUUGGAUGUCUCACUGUUUACGUUCUCGGUCAGCCGGACCGUAUGUUUAGGUUUGGAGAUUUUCUAGUUCUUGUUUCGAGAAGAGGACCGAUGGAGUGCAUGCGCUCACACACUUCUGCCGUUCUGUCGUCGGCCAGAUGACAACCACACAUGUUUCUCCUUUACUUUUUUGGCUUUAGGACCAACAAGGGACUUUUUAAAAGACAAUCCAUGUUUGUGACAUGACUAAACGACUACAGGAUGAAGACGGUCCUUUGGAGUUUGUUACAACUUGUGUUAUGGACAUAAAAAUAUAUGAAUUAUUGAAAAACAAUGAAAAAAUACAAAGCAGUUGUUUAGUCCGGUGCAGUGUAUAUGAAUAAAUAGAAAUAAUUCAUUGUCCUAUUAAAAUACAAGACUUGCAUUGUGA